AUGGGGCCGGCGGACAUGGUCUACACAGUGUUGCAGUGCACGACUACAGUGUUUCAAUUGUUACGGCUUGUUCCUUUGUUGAAGUUCAAAUCGGCCAGCCUUGUGUGCGAACAGGAGCGUGCCAAGGAGCUGUCUGAGCCAGAGGACCAGGACUACAAUGGCAUGGGGGGGCGCACUGCUCGUGUUACUCUGAUACUAGCAACUGGGCUAAUAUUUAGCACAGUCAUUCCACUCAUUUUACCAUUGACAUGCUUGUUUUUCUUCAUCAGCCGGUUCACCUAUGGAUACUUGAUGGCUUUUGCAGAGACCAAGAAGGUUGAUUUAGGAGGCGUCUUCUGGUGCCAGGCACUCAAGCAUAUGCAGAACAGCAUGUUGAUAUAUGUUGUCAUGAUGUCUGGCAUCUGCUACAUGCAGGCAGCAACGUGGUACCCUUUCUGGAUUUCGGUCUCCAGCAUGGCGUACUGCUACACAGCUCGAAUGUCGUUCGAAUACGAUUUGCUUUGGGAGAGCUUACCCUUCAAGAAGGUUGUGGAGGCCAGCGAUGAGAGUGCCACUGUAUCUACCCAGCGUGGGUAUGUUCAGAAGGAGCUCGAGGAUCUGAUGCAGGACUCCAAGAGCCCGAACUGA